AAAACAGACAUAUUAAGCCCUCAGAGACUACCACUUCAACACUUACAAUGGCUACAAUGAACCUGAGGAGUGAAGACCAACUUAAUAAGUACGAUAAUAAACACAUAAUGUCUCUCUCCUCCUCAGUGAGCAAGAUUAGGAAGUUUGAAGUGCCAUGCAUUGUCAGUUCAUUUCACAUGUCGCUGGAUAAAUCCGGCAGACUCUGGGUCAGUGACAAUGAAGGCUUUAUUAUCCAAACAGAUUUACAGGGGAAUCGGCUGAAGAAAAUACCAGCUGGUGUAGGAUACCCAGGGUUCCACACCGUCUCGGAGGAAGAGGAUCUUAUUUUUACAGUCAAAGACAAAACUGUCAUUAACAAGGUAACAGUGGAUGAUACUAUCAGUCAAUUUUUCAUUAAAACAGGAGACUGGAAACCAGUCAGCAUAUACUCCUCCCACAUUAAUGGAGACUUACUAGUAGGGAUGCUGAAAGACAGAGAAACUAAAAUCACCAGGUAUAGUAAAACAGGUAAAGAAAUACAAAACAUUAAAAAGGAUAAAGAUGGACAAAACAUGUAUAGUGAACCACACUACAUAACGGAGAACAUCAAUGGAGAUAUCUGUGUAUCGGACUACGAUAAAAAGGCAGUAGUGGUGGUGAAUAAAUCAGGGCAACACAGGUUCUCCUACAGGGGCCAGAAGGCUAGGAUCUGGCCUGCUGGAAUCUGUACAGAUGUUCUCAGUCACAUCUUGGUGUGUGAUAGUAUGAGUAACACUGUUCACCUCCUUAGUCAGGACGGUCAAUUCUUGUCUCUCCUACUUACACCACAACAAGCGAUAACGAAUCCACGCAGUGUGUGUGUUGAUGACGAGAACAAUUUUUAUGUUGGACAAUGGAACACGAACACAGUGACAGUAUUCAAGUAUCUCCAGUAAAUCUAAUUCUGUCAGUUCAAAACUUUCUAAGAUUCGGAAUAAGCAUGUA